ACUUCGUUGGAGGUCUUCGAAGUUGAACUUUGGCGUGAUUAAAAGCCGAAAGAAAAGUCCAUGCUGCUCUGUAAAAUAUCCAUCGACUCCUCUAAGAUCAUUUCGACUUUCCGAAAGAAAUUAACUGUUUCCGAUCGAGCGACCGAGAGGAAGGGAGAGGAAUCCGACCACAAAUUGGAAGAGGAAUUUGAUUUGUUUUUCAAGCCCCAAUCGAGAAGCAUGAACCUAGGGUUUCGGACGUCGAUUAUCGUCCGCUAAGCCGACUUGAUGAUUUCCAAUUCCGAACAGAGAAACCCUAGGGACGAUGACGCCGAUAUGCCGAGUCGGGGCAAUCCGUUGGCGUCGGAGAACAGGCCGCAUCAGGAGAAGGCCGAAGAUAUGAAGCUGUGGGGAGUUUUCCUCUUCGGCCUAAUUGGAGCCACGGCCACCACUUUCGCCGUGGGACAAUUGCGAAGGACAGUUGAUUGGUUCUAUUCUCAGAUGAUUAGGUCACAGUCAUCAUGGAAAGGUGCAACUAGUGGUUCUUUCCGGUCAAGCUUUCAGGAGGAAGCAUGGAAAAGAUACAAUCGUCGAAUGCAGGAGGAAUAUGAAGAAGAAAUGGAGAGAGUGGAGCGCAUAAGGCGCAUGCAAAGUGUGUUCAACAGGGAGAGGAAUAAAUACAAAAGGAGCUAUGAGAGCUGGAGGGAAAAUGGUCCAGGUGCAUAUCAUCAACAUUUCCAGCGGGAAGAUUGGUACUGGAAGACUGAUACAUCAUACAGAGAUCGAAGGACUAACUUCAGGGAAACUCCUCGAGCCAAUGCUAGUUAUCCACUAUCUCAUCACUACUCUGUUUUGGGUCUUGACAGGUUGAGAACAGCACCAUACUCAGAUAAUGAGAUCAAGAAUGCUUUCAGGGCAAAGGCAAAGGAGUUUCACCCAGAUCAGAAUCAGGAAAACAAAGAGUUAGCUGAGGCAAAAUUCAAAGAGGUUAUGACAUCUUAUGAAGCUAUCAAGACAGAAAGGAAAAACAAUAAGUUUUGACUCCAUAAAUUCACAGCAUUCAAGAAGGUGUUCAGGAAAGAGGGAAGAUGUUGCCCCACUUCCACUUAUGCUAUAUCGGUUUCAGGAAUUUGUUGAGCUCACUGCUAAGAGUACUUCUGGUUACUUGAUGACCAUUUGAAUUUCAUCAUUUAUCUCGCAGGCUUACACCAAACAAGGCAUAUCUUGCCCCUGGAACACUUGCAUAUUACUGUUGUGGGUUUACAGCAAGCCAAUCUGUCAAAUUUUUCCCAGGAAAAUGGGAACUCAGAGGCAGUCUUUUGUUUGUAUGAAAUAUAAUAGUAUGGCUUCAUAUGCAUAGAAGAAAAAUAAAUCACCCGUUGUACCCUGGACCCUGGUGCUAGGUAAUGACAUUUUACAAUCAGGUCCAUGCUUUUAACUCUGAUCAAUUGAUGUAAGUAUUAUAAUCUA